CAAAUUUUUAAUCAAACACAAUCGACUCCAAUAUAUUUAACCCGGAAUAAUAAAUAAAUUGAGUUUUUUUUUAUUGUUAAAUAUUGAUUGUUUUAAUUAAUUGUAAAUAUUUUAUCAACAUAACCUAUAAAUUGCUAAAUUUACAAGCUAAAAAGUGUGUCCAGUCGAAAAAAAAAAAUUCAAGGUAUAUUGACGUGAAGAAAAAAUAAAUAAAUUGUAGAGGAAAAUAAUAUGGCGCAUUUAAAAAUGAAUUGUAAAAAAUUUACAACUGUAUCAGGAUUUACAAAUUUAUUACCUGAUGAUAGACCAAUAACAGCAAUAAGUGUUGUUGAAGAUAUUGAUAAAUGUCCACCAAAUUAUACAGUGGUAUCAAAAACAUAUGAUCAAGAUAUUGAUGCUGAUUUAUGGCGUGAAAGUGGACUUUUUAUACGUAAAAAAGGACGUUACAUAUGUCAUUCAAAAACAGAAGGUGUACCAAAUUAUGUUGUUCAAGAAAUAACAGUUUUAAAUGAAAGAGAAUAUCCCCCAGAUGGAUUCAGUAUGAUUCCACAAACUAUAGACACUGACCAGAAGGCUUGGAGAAAAAAACAGGUGUGCUACAAGCUGCGAAAUAGGGACUCGUGUUCAAUGGCUGUGACUGAUAUUAUCGUUUGUAGUAGAAUUAAAAAAGCACCAACUGGCUUUACAUACGCUGGUGAGGUUAAUGGUGUUGUUAUUUGUUAUAAAACAAGUUCAUUAAUAAAUGAAGAUGCAUCAUCACAAUCAUAUGAAAAUAUCAAUGUAUUACAAACACCAUCACCAAAUCCAUCAUCAAAUGGUAUUAAUCGUUCAACACCACCACAAAGACCACCAAAACCAAAAUUUUCACCAAAAUCACAAAAUGGAAUAUAUCCAAGCUCAUUAAGUGUAUCACCUGGUAAAAUUGAAUUAAAUAAUUCAUCAUAUGAUUGUGAUUAUGAAAUAUUAAAACCAAAUUCAAAAAUAAUACCAACAAGACCAGCACCACAACCACCACAAACAACACAACAAAUUAAUACAUCAAUUAAUUAUGGUACAUUACCUGGUUCAUCUGAUCUUGAUGGUGUUCCAUUUGUUAUUAAUCCACUAUUAAAUUUUGAUUCAAAUUCAACUCAAGCAGAUUAUCCUGUUAUUAAAAUGAAAACACGUCAAGAAAUUGAUGAAGAAUAUUAUUAUGAUUUUCGUGCUGAGAGAGAAACUUGAAUAAUAAAAAUUUUUAAAAAAAAGGAGAAAAUAUUGGUUGAAUAAUAACGUGCCAAACGAAUUGUAUCACGUACCAUAAUUAUUUAAAAAUAAUCAUUAUAAUAAUAUUUGUUAUAACAGCUCUUAUACAAUACAAGAUAAUCAUCAUCAUCAUUUUUUAAAAAUAUUUAUCAUAAGAAUCAUAAGUAUAUAUAACUUUUUUUUUUUUUUCUAGCCAAUUGUAAUAGAGUGCCUGAAUAAGUAUGAUUAAUUUUUUUAUAAUUAAUUAUAAUAUAAGUAUCCAAACUGUAGAGUAUUAUUAAAGAUGUCCUUGAGCUUCAUGGUAUACAAAAUGAAAAAACAAUCCAAUUUUUUUUUUUUUUUUUUUAUAAAAUUUGAAUAUAAAAAUAAUAAAAUUGAUAUGAAUCUUCCAAUUGUGACAUAGUUGUCAUGAUUUUUUAUCGAAAAUAAUAUGUGUCACGUAAAAAAAAAAAAGAAAUGUGAUUUUAAUACCUGAAACAUUGUUAUAAUAAAAAAAAAUGUAUAAAAUUAUUUGUAAAAA